AAAAGGUUCUCGACAGCCUCAGAGAACCUUUUGUGUCAUGCAUAUCAGUAUAUAUAUACCACCACCACUCCUAAAGUCCUCUCCGAUCCAAUCCUUGCAAAUCUCAACCCAGGCCACAGUACUGCAACUCAUCUAGAGAAAUAGAACAAGUCACCAUUCAUCACCAACCUUAAGUGUGAUAGAAAAGUGAUCUAGAUAUUGAUCAGGAAGAAAAAAAUGGCAUCGGAGAAAGAGGUUGAAACUGUAAUAGUUGGGAACUACGAGGAAAUGGGAAGCGAAGGGAAGCCUAGGGAUGCAAAAUCCAGGUUAUUAAGUUUGUUGUGGCAUGGUGGUUCUGUUUAUGAUGCUUGGUUUAACUGUGCUUCCAACCAGGUGGCUCAAGUUCUGCUAACGUUGCCAUACUCAUUUUCCCAGCUGGGAAUGCUUUCUGGCACUCUUUUUCAACUCUUCUACGGCUUGCUGGGUGGCUGGACUGCUUACCUUAUUAGCGCACUCUACGUUGAAUACAGAACCAGAAAAGAGAGAGAGAAAUUUAAUUUCAGGAACCACGUCAUCCAGUGGUUUGAGGUUCUUGAUGGGCUCCUCGGGAAGCACUGGAGAAACGUGGGCUUGGCCUUCAACUGCACAUUUCUUCUAUUUGGAUCUGUUAUCCAACUCAUAGCUUGUGCAAGCAACAUAUAUUACAUAAAUGAUAAUUUGGAUAAGAGGAGUUGGACUUACAUCUUUGGAGCAUGCUGUGCCACCACUGUAUUUAUCCCUUCCUUCCACAACUACAGAAUCUGGUCCUUUCUUGGCCUCCUCAUGACCACUUACACUGCUUGGUACCUCACUGUUGCCUCUCUCCUUCACGGCCAGGUGGAGGGGGUUAAGCAUUCGGGUCCGACCAAAUUGGUUCUAUAUUUUACGGGGGCCACAAACAUUCUCUACACAUUUGGGGGACAUGCCGUUACUGUGGAGAUAAUGCACGCGAUGUGGAAACCUCAAAAAUUCAAGGCCAUAUACUUACUUGCUACCCUGUAUGUGAUGACAUUGACUCUUCCAUCGGCAGCUGCAGUAUACUGGGCAUUUGGAGACAUGCUUCUAAAUCACUCCAAUGCUUUUUCUCUCCUUCCAAGGUCACCCUUCCGUGACAUGGCUGUCAUUUUAAUGCUCAUCCACCAGUUUAUAACAUUUGGGUUUGCAUGCACGCCACUAUAUUUGGUGUGGGAGAAAGCAAUAGGGAUACACGAGUGUAGGAGCCUGUGCAAGCGUGCUUUGGCGAGAUUGCCGGUGGUGAUCCCGAUAUGGUUUUUGGCCAUAGUUUUCCCCUUCUUUGGUCCCAUCAACUCCACCGUUGGAUCUCUACUUGUCAGCUUCACCGUUUACAUCAUCCCCGCCCUCGCCCACAUGUUCACCUUCAAAUCACCCUCUGCCCGACAGAAUGCGGUGGAGCAACCUCCGAGGUUGGUGGGAAGAUGGGUGGGUGCGUACACGAUCAACUUAUUCGUGGUGGUGUGGGUUCUGGUGGUAGGCUUUGGAUUCGGAGGAUGGGCAAGUAUGGUCAACUUCAUUCACCAGAUUGACACAUUCGGUUUCUUCACAAAAUGUUACCAGUGCCCCACACCCACUUCCGUGGAGCCACCACACCUGAACGCCACCGCGCUCUCCCCUCGUGCUCACUGACUACUGUCACUCUCUUCCAUCAAUUCUUGCUACCCAUUCAUGCCAAGACUUCACUGCCCGCCCAUUCAUCGCUAGCUAGCUCAAACUCAAUCAUCAAUACAUUUCAUUUUAUGGAGAAAGAUAAAUAAUAUUUUGGUCAUAUACUAUUUGGCUUCUAAUUAAUUACGUACCCUUUUCACGUUUGGCAGCAUACAAUGCAUUCUUCCAUUUCUUAAUUUACCUUUUUUCUCUAAGGUAGUUUAAUUGCUGAUCACUUUUGUCGUUGGGACUUUCACCAAAUUGGUGGAAAACAGUUGCACAAAGUUUAUUUCUAGCAAUUUCCUAGACCAA